UAUGCACUUCAAGUUACUCCAAGUGACUCUAUAUCGGAACAAGUCUGAUUCUUGAAACGUUAAUUCCUAUGCUUUUAACAACGGAUCAAGUAACUUGGAUAAUUUAUAUUUAUUAUUAGUUAUAUAUUCUUACACCUUUAUUUAUUUACAUAUUAUACCAGCCGAUUGUUAUAACUGUACAUUAGAAGAUGAAUAGCAAUAACGACGAAGUUCUUCAUUGUCCUUACAACAAGUAUCAUCGUAUAGCUAGUUCGAAAUUUCAGCGACACCUUGUAAAAUGCGAAAAGAAUUUUCCUCCUGAUUACAAGGUUAUCUGCCCAUACAAUGCAACUCAUCGUUUGAGUAAAAGUGAGAUUGAAGAACACAUCAAUACAUGUCCUAUGAGAAGGACUGUCGAAGGAAGUUAUAUUCGGCCGCCAACAACUCGUGGGACGAUAAGAGCAGAACAAAAUGAUUCUACAAGUCAAAUUGAUUAUAAUAGUUAUUGGGGAAGUCAAGAAGAAAUAUAAGAUGGUAAAGGUCCUGUAAGCUCCAUAAUAAUAAUUAAACUCGUGGAUCAGAGGAAAAAUAUAAAACUAUUUGUUAGGACGUCAAGUCAAUACAAGUUGAAACAAUAAUACCUAGUUACAAUACAUCUAGCUUGAAUUUGUAAUUCUAGCUUGAAUGUCAGUAACAAAUCACAUGAGACAGAAUCUAGAAUAUGAUUAUACAAAUAGAGUGAAUAGGACAAAGAAAAAAUUAAA